AUGACUGAGAAUGGAAGUACGGAAGAGAUUUACGUGUCUAGAAAUCUGGAACGAGUUUGGGUAUGCUUUCACUGUUAUUUUUCGAUUUUAUUUUUGCUUUAAACUUAUGUUAUUCAUUAACUUUUGGGAGUUAUUAAACCAUUUUUCUUCAGGGAAUUGUCAAAUUCAAUCCAAACUUUGCGGAAUUAAUCUACAACGAGCCUGAAUGUGUAAUAGAGAAGUUGAACAGGGUUUGCAAUCUCAAACUAUCAAAAGCUGUAAGUUUUAAUUAAAUUUAUAUUUAUGUUUAGGAUGUUACUAUUGAAAGACUGAUCACCGAAGCGACAAAUCUUCUGAAGGCUCCGCCAGCUGUUAGACAUGGUUACUCUCUGUAUAUACGAUUUGACAUUCAUUCCAAGACAAAGUUAUUCAGUGGGUUUUACCUGGUCGAACGAAACCUGGAGCUUCUGAAGGAGAACUUUGUGUUAGAACUGACACCAGCUCCGGUAGGUGACUUUUAUGGUUUAUAUUUGUUUGGAUUUUAGGAUUAUUAUGUUGAGAAGGUAUUGGAUGCCCUGAAGGAUGGUAAUGAUGUUGUAAAUACGUUGAAGAAAGUCUCUAAUGCACUGAAUGACCAGUUUUUCUUUGAAAUUUGGGUACACAAGGUGGAAUUUAAGAGGGUUUUGCAGAUUUUCAUUGAUUCUUAUGAAUUGUAAGUAAUUUACAUUGAUUUAACUAUUAUUUUUGUUAUUUUUCUGUUUUUUUAAAUCUGUGUUCAGGAACAUUAGCAUUUUAGUGUAUCCGAAAACUAUCAAGCCCACUUGAUGGAGUACGUGUCUAAAGCUUCUGAAUUUGAUUGGUCACAGGUCGAUAGGGGUGUAAUUAUGUCAGCUUUACAUUUACUUGACAUAGAUAAUGUUUCAAGGCUAAUGUCGUCUUUUGUCGUUACUUUAUUUCAAUAUGUCGUCGAUAAACUGUAAGAUUUUACUUAUUGUUCUAAAAUAAUUAUGUUUAAAGAAUUAAAAUUGUAUUUAGUUUUAAUUUUUCCUGUUAUUUUAUUAUAAAGUAUGUUAUCUUAGUUUAAUGUCUACAUCAACAUAAUUUCAGGCCAGAAUACCACGAUUUCCUAUCAGAAAAGCUGGAUUUCGAAAAGAUUUUGAAUCUUCUGUUACAUUCCGAGCAAACUUACUACUACUCAUUUGUAAGGGUGCUGUUCUUCCUCUGGCAAAUGGCUGAUGAGAUUACGUUCGAGCAACUUAAAGUAAUAUCUUGUACAGAAAAGUGGGUACAAUGUUUUAAGCCUAUAGUGGAGAAUGUUGCUCAUUAUCAACAUAUGAAAUUGACUCAGGAAUUGAGCAAGUUGUGUGCUGGAAGAAUGGCAUAUUUGACUGAAAAAUCAAAAAUUCGGCCGAAUAUUGAGAAUGUCAACAGGAUUACAGUGAGUUUUCGGUAAAAUACGGUGUUCUGUGGUAAAAAUAUGGAAACUUGUUUAGUUUUCUGGAAGUUUUGGAAUCUUUGGAUUGUUUAUGAAGUAUUUUAUGAUCAGUUUUAAUUAAAAAAUAUGUAUUUAUAGCACUUUUGGACUAAAAAUCUUUAGAAAACAAUGAAAUUUUGCUAUUUGUAAUUAAAAAUUUUAGAAUUGUUACCUAAAACGCAGUAAACUUUUCUUUUAGGAUUUGAUUUUUUCUUUUAGGAUUUGAUAAGAAACAUUGGUGAGAUAUCUCCGUCGUCUAGCUACAGGCUUUCCAAGAGUGUAGCAGCUGAAUUCUCUCUGGCAAGAGAUAGCAAAACGUUUGAAGCUGCACUGUGCAAAACUCCACCUGGACUAAUGGCGAUUGAAUUUAUUGAAUCAGCUUUGUCUGACGAGGAUCAAGAGCUUUUUGACGUGGGUUUGGGCUUUUCGUUCUUUAGGCUAUAUUGGCGUUUUUAAAAUUUAAAAAAUUUUAAUUUAUAAAAUUUUGUUUUUUUGUAUUUUUUAAAUCUAUAGUACUAGAGAAGUGCUUAAACUAAUUUUUUGAAAGUUUAAAAGCUUUAAUAUACUUUUUUUCAGCUAGCCACAAAAGGCCCGUUGUGCCCUGAAGACUGGUGCAUCACAAUGUCGGACUUGAUCUCGAAAACCUUUAAAACAAUGAAAAACACGACUGGAGGCAUGCGGCUCUGUCCUCUAUUCCUACUAGAAGCCAAUCCCUUGCCUCAAUUUCUAAAAUCAUUGGCAAUUUUGUUCAAUCAAACCUGGUUAGAGGUCAAUAACAAGAAGGAGAGUGUGAAGAAUGUGUUGGAAGUGACUCAAAUCAAGAUCAGAAGUUGUUUGGAGACAUAUCCAUUAACUGUAGCUGAAUGGAGUCGCUAUUUCCGAGAGCAUUUUGAUUCUGAAUUUAGUAGGAAUGAAGUGGAAUUGUUAAAACAAGGAAGGAAUGAUUUGGAAAAGAGAUGGAGAAGGUGAGGAUAUAGGCUUAUAAGUGUGGUAAACUUUGGUAAAGACAGUGAAGUUGCCAUUUUAAUAUACUAAUCAUACUUAUGCAGUCAUAUUACUAAAUAUAUUUACACUUUCAAUGUAUUUUCAGAGCCCUAUCAGACCAACAGCUACCAAAUAUCAAGAGUAUUAUCAAAGAAACCUACUCAAAACCUCUAAAACAAGGUAUUGUGUUACAAAAACUGCCGAAAGAUAUCGACCGGUUGUUGGAAAGAGAAACUUUGAAGAAGGAAGACAAGUUGCAGUACCGACGUUGGAGGUUAAGCACGUUUGAAGAUGUGUUGUUUUACAGAGAUUGUACUGAAAAUGGAGAAGAUAUUAAGAAUGGGGAAAAGGCUGGGAGUAAGUUUGUGAAAAAGGGCUUGAAAUGGCUUUGAAAUUUGAAAAAAGUGAAGGGUUUUUUUUUAAUUUUGGUUUUUUGUUACAUUCUCUUUGCCGUAAUUCUGUGCUUCCCAACUCCGAAAAUUUGCUUUGAGAGGGGCAUAGUAUUAUUUGAACAGCCUAAUAAAUACAUCCUUUCAUACUUAAACUCUGUAUAUAGACUAACAUAACAAAAUUUCAGUCAGAAUCGAUGAAAUCAAGCACAUUAUCCAUGGACCCGAUUUCCUAGCUCAUGCGAAUAUUAGUAAAUUCGAAAAUCUGAGCUUCCAGUCAGGUAUCUUCAACUCGCUAAAGAAAAGAAAGUCUCACCCAUUAACAAUGCCGAAAGGUCUAGUCUUACAGACAGUGGAAGAUACCUACGAAAUGAUAUGUGAUAACGAAGAUAUUUUGGGGAAAAUCAUUAAAACUUUGAAUAUUUUGUGUUGCAAAAAGUAUCCUGAGCGUGAUGUGAGUUUGAUGGACGUUUAUUAGCGUUGGGAGGUGUAAUAUAGGGCUUUGAUCAAGCUUCGGGGGUAAGGGGAGCUGGUUUUUGGGUCAGGUUGAUGUUUAGGCAAGCUCUUAAGGCUAAAAACUUGAUGUUAUCACUAUCCUUUUUUGGGUUUUUUGUUUAGAAAAGCCAGUCUUUACGGUUUAAAACGAUGGUUUUUGUAAAAUUCGUUAUCUCUGAUAGUUUUUCAAUCAAAAAAGUAAAAUUUCAUUGCUAUUUCAGGUCGAAACUUUACUGAACAUUCAAGUCGAGACUCGCCUAUUCAACCUUAAGGUCUUGAAGUUGGAAAAGGUCGGACCGCCAAAGGAAGCGGAACAAAACUCAGCCAAAACGGCCAAAAUGUCAACUACUGCAAUAUUAUCAGAAGUGUUACCCAAGUCUAGUACAAUAUCUUCGGAACUGGCAUCGAAGACUACAACAAUAUCGUCAGAACCCUUACAAAAGCCUUCAAUCGUAGCAAGCUUUCCGAAAUCGUAUUACGACUGGAUCCCGAAAGACUACCAUAACAUGAUCAACCCGAAAAAAGUAUUAAGACUGAACCACAAGAAGGCAACAAUACCUAGCUUUAACAAAAAUGUCACUGAAGUAACAUAUGACUAUGAUCUUGAACACGAUUCCUCAUCCGACAGCUCUGAUCUGUGA